AUGAUGGAAAAUAAACAUUUGUUUUCGUGCAUAGUAUUUUUUACCACAUUCGGAUUUUGUUCGAACUUCAUCUCAUUUGUAUCACCUUACUGGAUUCAGUCAAUUCCAGAGGCUAACAGCCAGUUCCAGAGAAUAGGUCUUUGGACUGUUUGUUUUGAUGGAUAUAUGCGGCCGGCGCUGUAUGACAAGGCAUAUUUCGGAUGUUACUACAUUUAUUAUGUAAUAUAUGACCGUAUAAGAGAUUGGUUAAAUCCGAUAUGGUUAUAUACAAUACAAGUUACCUCAUCCUGUGGAGUUUUGGUACAUUUUUUGGUAACGUUUAUCGUUCUGUGUCAAGUAACCGGUGCAAUUUCUAAAUCUGACCUCAAAAGUCUAAAAUUUAUUGCAUCAGGACAUUUCUUCACAAGUUUAACACUAGCUGCUGCAUUAGUAGCUUUUGCUGUAGCUAGAUAUGAUAGUCGUUGGAUGCCUUAUCCUGAAUUGAAUACAUUAUCAUGGGCUUAUGCUGUUGGAGUUUUAAGUUUUAUUUGUACAUUUAUUAGUUUUACAAUAAGUUUUAUUACUUAUAUUAAAUUAAAUGAUUUAAUUCAUCAACAGAAUACAAAUGAACAUUUACUUAAUGAUGAAGAGAAAAUGGGUAUUAGUUCACCACCACCUCCAGUAUCACAUCAUUCUACAUUCAAUGAACCAAAUGUUUAUACAGAACCACGUUAUAUGCCUGAUUUACCACAAUCAGCAUUAAGUUAUGUUGAUAGUUCAAAUAAAAAUUGGAAUAUAAAAGAUUCUGAAAUUACAUAUAAUUUAAAUAAACAAAAUAAUAAUGAUGAUAAUGAUAAUGAUGAUGAUUUUGAUAAUCCAAUUAAUUCACGUUUUAAUACUUUAUCUUAUCCAAAAAUAUAAUUCAAAAAGAAUGUUCAAUUCAUAAUUCAUUUAUU